GCUCGUUUGAACAUCAUAUCGCGAUGCGGAAAAUAAAGUCAAGAAGAUCAAAAUCUACUACCAAGACAUCCCCGAAAUCUGUAAAUGCCAAUGGACCUCGCUUGAGGAGUAAGAAACGCACUGAAAAUGUGAAAACAGUGGUGAAAAAGAAAGUGACGAAGUCGAAGAGGAAGAGUCAAUCCGUACGGGGACCAUCACCCGACGAUCAUUUGGAGAAACGGGAGAUGCAUCGAAUCCAUGAGAGGCGGAGACAUUAUAGUCUGAACCAGGCGAUUAGAAAAAUAAUCAACAAACUUCCUUCUUGUGAGGCAACUGAACCAGAAACAAAGCACUAUGUGUUGAGGAAGACAAGUGAUUAUAUUCAGUUCUUAGAAGAAAAGAUAAGUGCCCUAUGCUUGGAUUUGGAUAUAGAGCAAACAAAUAAUUGUGGAGAUCUUUCAUUCAGUUCUUCAUUAUAUACUUUGAUGGAUGGAAUUCAGAAAGAGAUUCCUGCUGAUACACCAAUUUCUUUGGAAUCCAUACAAGAUUUGUUAACCAGCCUUGACUGUCAAGUUGAUAAGUCUUUGACAAGUUUGACAACCAAGAAAAAUUCAAUCAAGGGUAAACCAAGAUCCAUGAAAGCUACACGUAAGAAGAAAAUAAAGAUCAUCCAUCAAGAUGGCCCCAAAGUGACAGAAAUUGGCGAUGAGUAUCUCCAAGAAAAUGACAUCAAAGAAGAUGAUGAAGAGUCCCUCAGUACAGUAAACACUCAGGAUAGUCUGCUAGCAAGCAGUUCCAUGAGUGGAAUGAUGUGCUCUGAGAGUUCAAUUGAAACAGAUGUUUCUCAAUCAAACCAGAUGAACUCUCCUGUCAGCUCUACCUGGGGUACAGGGUCCCUUGAUGAUGGUUUUAGCAGCAGCAAGACCGCUGAUCAGGAAUCUACACAGGGAAGCACUAGUUCCAUCUCUAGCCAUGAUAGGCCACAAAGGGGAGAUUCUCUGGCAGAUCUUAUUAGAAGCGACACAGGAGUGAAAUACAUCCCAACUCUCUCUGAGGUCAAUCAAAAGAGCAAACACAUUCCAAACCAAUUGAGUCAGAAGACAUCUUUGCAACAAGUGGUUCUCCAAGUUCCCACAUUCUCUUCUGACCAGCUAUCUAUUCCUACCAACAGGACCAAAGACAAGCAAGCACCCUUCCUUUGCCACGGAGAUGGCAAUGAGGUGUACAAUCAGGCUGAUUCAUCCAAUUUCUUGCCACUAAAGAAAAGCAGUUGCAUGUCAUCUGAUAACAUUGCUCAUACUCAAACUGUUCUCUUUCAACCAAGUUCAUGUAGUCAGUAUGGUCACACCCAGCAGAACCCUGUUCCCCUGAUUUCUCCAAUAAAACCUCUUUCACACAGCACUGUCCCUGUGUUGGCCCAACAGAAUAUCCUCAACAGAAACCUUGUCCCUACUGCUGAUCCUAACCCAACCAUCGGAUAUAUUAACUGUACCUUGAGCAAUUGCUUAGAUGACAAAUUCACUGGUCCAAACCUUGGCAUGUCCUGCACCAGUGUCCAUCCAUUUGAGGUGUAUCACAAACAGUCCUCACUGUUUCAACCCUUGAAGCAAACUGUUGAAAUUAUCUUAGAUGUUGGAGAUGAUCCAUUGGUGAUGAAGUCCUUUCUUGGAGAGAAGAUUUUUUCUAAGAGGUCUGGGAUAGAUGGUUUCGAAUUAUUCACGAAGGUCAAUAUUAAGAGAUUCCAAGAUGGUUGGCCUGCACUGACAAGUAAAGAAAUCAACAGACUUAUUGGACAAGCAUGGAAUGAAAUACCUGACCACUACAAACAGCUCUACGGAAAAAGAGCUUGCGCAUGGAACCUUCGGCACAAGAAAACAAAGUCAAAGAUUAACUUGUAAGUUUUGCAUAAUGGAACAAUUCUUUAAGAUCAUUGUUUAAUCAAAUAAAUCAAGUCAGUGAGCUCAACUCCUAAAGGGAUAGGAAAGCAAACCUAUCAAACGUAUGAAGAAUGGAGGAUAAUUGACUAAAAAUCAUCAUGAAUUUGAAUUU